AUGGGCAAUCAAAAGUUUUUUGAGCUACUCUCAGCUUCAGAAGUAGCACAUCUACUGAGACAAGGGUCAGAUCAUGCACCUUUACUGGUUAAAUGCAACACAGAAAGUGAACCACUAAUUAAACCUUUCAAAUUUUUGAAUUUCUGGACAAAACACAAAGAUUUCAAGAAAAUUGUAGAGGAUAAUUGGAAGAUUGAUUUUGUAGGGUCUCAAUUUACAGAAGUACAGACAAAGAUGAAAAAAGUAAAGGUUGCUUUGGAAGAAUGGAGCAAAAAAGAAUAUGAGAAUAUUUUCCAGCAAAUUGCUACAUUAGAGGAUGUUAUUCAGGCAAAAGAAGCUCAACUGGAGGUUAGGCCUGAUGAAAAUUCAAGGGCAGAAUUGAAGAAGACAGAGGCAAAACUUAUUAGAUUCUUGAAUCUUGAGGAAGAAUAUUGGAAGCAGAAAUCAGGAUUGAGUUGGUUCAAGGAGGGGGAUAGAAAUACUAAAUUCUUCCACUCUUAUGUGAAAGGCAGAAGAAGGAGGAUGAAUUUAGAAGAGAUAUACACUGAUCAAGGAGAUAUCAUUAAUAGUACACAGAGAAUUGGGGAAAAAGCUGUCAAAGUUUUUAAGAAGCAAUUCACUGAGGAGAGGGGAUACAGAGAUUAUAACAUGCUGGAGAAUAUUCCUUCUUUGAUCACACGGGAGAAGAAUGACAAAAUCAGUAAACCACCAACAGAAGAUGAAGUAAAGGUAGUGGUGGAUGCUUUAAAUGGAGAUAACACUAGUGGACCUGAUGGCUUCUCUGGGGGAUUGAAACAAGGAGAUCAAUUGUCUCCCACUUUGUCCAUCAUUGCUGCAGAAGUUCUAUCAAGGGGUUUGAAUAAACUGCAUGAGGAACCUGUUUACAAAGGAUAUGGUAUGCCCAAGUGGAGCCCGGAGAUAAACCAUCUGCCAUAUGCUGAUGACACCAUUUUAUUCUGUUCUGGACAUCACAAAUCUAUAAACAAGAUGAUGAAGGUGCUAAGUGACUAUGAAUAUGUUUCUGGUCAACUGAUUAAUUUAUCUAAAAGUUUCUUAUAUCUUCAUGAGAAAGUGCCCAUUGCAGACUGCUCAAGAAUUAGGAAAGUGACAGGAAUAGGUACAAGGAGUAAGCAUUGGGUAACAUGGGAGGACUUAUGCAGUCCAAAAGAAGAGGGUGGUUUGGGUUUCAGAUCACUGCAUGACCUAUCCAAUGCACUUUUUGCAAAACUAUGGUGGAAGUUCAGGGUAUCUGCAAACUCACUUUGGAGUGCAUUUAUGUGGAACAAAUACUGCAAGAAAGCCAUCCUAUAA